AUGUUGUGUGGAAUGACCUCCUGUGGGCGGAAGGCCUUAACGCUCCUGAGCAGCGUGUUCGCUGUGUGUGGCCUGGGUCUGCUCGGGGUGGCUGUUAGCACUGAUUACUGGUUAUACCUGGAAGAAGGGACCAUCUCCCCUCAAAACAUGUCAGCCGAAGUCAAGGUAUCGCUGCACGCCGGCCUCUGGAGAGUUUGUUUUCUGGCAGGAACAGAGCGUGGGCACUGCUUCACCAUUGAGUAUGUGAUGCCAAUGAAUGUGCAGCUGACCUCAGAAUCCACAGUCAGUGUUUUAAAAAUGAUCCGAUCAUCAACCCCUUUCCCACUGGUCAGCCUGUUUUUCAUGUUCAUUGGUUUUGUGUUGAACAACAUUGGCCAUAUUCGACCUCACCGGACAAUCUUAGCAUUUGUGUCAGGAAUCUUCUUCAUUCUUUCAGGUUUGUCUCUGGUUGUUGGACUUGUCCUGUACAUAUCCAGCAUCAAUGAUGAGAUGUUAAACAGAACGCCAGACUCCGAGAGCUAUUUCCACUACAAGUAUGGUUGGUCUUUUGCCUUUUCUGCCAUCUCCUUCUUGCUAACCGAGGUAAUUACCAGUUAA